AUGACAUCAGACGCAGAGUUCAAAAACAAAAGGAGGAUAUUAAACAGAGCAGAUUGUAUCGCCGGAGCGCUGCUCGGCUCCGCCAGCGACUACAGCGGCAGAGAGGAUACAGCGCCCCCCUUCAACACGCCGGCGCUGCACGGCGGCCGGCCGGCGAGUCACGGCGCAUGCGCGGCCGAGGCCCCAUUGCAGGGGAGGAAUGCGGAGGAAGGGGGAGGGGAGGCUCGCGGUCAGGCUGCGGCCAACUCCAGGGGACACCUCCCGCCGAUGGCCUUCAUCAAGAUGGGCAGCAGCACCGUGCAGAGCAUUUUGUUUCGAGAGAAGGCCAUCUUUGCCUUCCCAUACUACUCGUACCAGUUCAGCUAUCCGCAGAGAUUUCAUGCAGACUUUGUCGACCAGCCACCAGAAGGUUCCAUACAGUAUGCCAUCCUCUGCAAUCAAAUGCGUCUGCAUAGAGAACAGCUGCAGAAAGUUAUGUGCCCAAAUGCCAUCUGCCUGACUUUGAUACGUGACCCUGUGCACACUUUCGAGUGGAUCUUCAGUUGCUACAUGUCCACAGUACCUGCCUUUAGACUCGCAUGAGAAACGACCACAUCUGACGGGACGCCUGCGCUCUCAGUUUUCCCGGAGGCUCCAGAAUCCCACUGGGACCCUUCAGAACCUCUGAAUGGCCUGGCAAGGAACCCCAUGAGCUUUGAUUUGGGUCUUAUCAGUCAGGGGAGGAACAUCUCCUGGGUCUAGGACUUGGCACACUUAGCAGAGACCUUCCAGUUGGUUAUAGUGGCAGAGCACUUUGACGAGUCGCUCGUCCUCCUCAAGGAGCUGUUGCAGGUGGAGCUGGAAGCCCCAGCAUAUGUGCGCCUCAAUCUCCGAGCAACACGUGACAUCGUGCCCCUGAGUGCUGGGACUAAGGUCCAGAUUCGCUCCUGGAACAGCUUGGAUGUGCUUCUCUAUGGCUUUUUCUUGCAGGCCUUUUGGGAAAAGGUGAAGUACGGUGCUGAAAGGCUUCAGAGGGAGGUGGGAGUUCUAUGGCAGGUGGUGGAGGGUCUUGAGAGGAGGUGUCUGUCAAGGCUAGGAGUGCUUCCCAUGGAGUUGGAUGAUCUGAUCUGACCCAGGCAGUCUGACUCCGCCACCAUCCUGGCUUAUGAACUGCGGCGAAAUCUCACUGCCCCAGAGCAGGAAAUCUGCGUGCAGCUAGUACUGCCUGAGCUCCAGUACCACUCCUACCUGUACUUCCAGCAGUACGGCCGUGACCUGAGGUCUAUUCCCCUUGGAUAA